AAUAAACGGGGUUUUCGUUAGAAAUAAAGUGCAGUUAGGAUUGCAUUCAUUUGAACACAUCUGUAAUAUCCUUUGCCCAUAAUUUAUAUCAACUAUCCAAUGUGACACCAGCUUAGAAGCUUGCGUACGAGAAAAUCAAAAUAAUUUAUCCAUGACGCGUUCAUCCAGGUGAUUAUUCGUCACUUCCGGAUAGUGGCCAUAACACAAAAUAUUGACAGAUAUUCUAGUUCGUCAAAAUGUAGAGCAGUUUUGACAUUUUACAGGACAAGUAAAAUACAAAGUUCAACUGGAACUUAAAUAUACAUAUUGGAAUUAUUUCUGUGUUUAUAAAAAAAUGGCCAAUAAUACAGCUAAUCUCAGCACUACAUUAGCACCCAGCAAGAAUGGAAGUGGAAUAAUCUCCACACCACCGGUCACCAACGCCACCAUAGUAACCAGUGGUAUGCCCAUUAACAAUGUGACAGAGUUACAUCCCUUGAUCUUUCUCCAGACCAAAGCAGCACAGGGCAUUGCUGGCACAUUUGCUUUUGCUGCAAUAUUAAUCACUUGCCACCAGAUUUACUUACACCUACGAUAUUACACCUGUCCUAAUGAGCAGCGAUGGAUCAUUCGUAUUUUGUUCAUCGUACCAAUUUACAGCUUCACAUCAUUUCUCAGUCUCAUGUUCUUCAGUAACGACAACUACUAUGUGUACUUCGAUAGUGUCAGAGAUUGCUAUGAAGCAUUUGUCAUAUAUAAUUUCCUGAGUUUGUGCUAUGAAUAUCUGGGAGGUGAAAGUUCCAUUAUGUCAGAAAUUAGAGGCAAGCCAAUCAAGUCAAGCUGGCUGUGGUGCACAUGUUGUCUGGCUGGGAGACAGUAUACCAUUGGUUUCCUUAGGUUCUGUAAACAGGCAACUCUACAGUUCUGUCUGAUCAAGCCAGUGAUGGCCCUCAUUACACUUAUACUACAAGCAUUCAACUUGUACAAGGAUGGAAACUUUGCUCCAGCUAGUGGUUACCUGUACAUCACAAUUAUCUACAAUAUCUCGGUGAGUCUGGCCCUGUACGCACUGUUCCUGUUCUAUCAUGCUACGAGAGAGCUUCUCAGUGCGUACGACCCAGUGUGGAAGUUUCUCACAGUAAAAUCUGUCAUCUUCUUGUCGUUCUGGCAAGGUGUUCUAUUGGCUAUUCUUGAGCACGCUGGUGCCAUAAGUCCUAUCUACUCAAAGGAUGGGACAGAAACUGCAGGUAUCGGUACUGUGUCAGCCGGGUACCAGAACCUGUUCAUUUGCUUUGAAAUGUUCUUUGCCGCUAUUGCGCUGAGAUUUGCAUUCCCCCAUGCGGUGUACAGUUCAAGUCCUACCAACACAACAGGCAGAACUGUCUCCUUGCAGAGUAUAUCAAGCAGUUUGAAAGAGACGAUGAAUCCCAGGGACAUGAUGCAGGACGCCAUACAUAAUUUCCACCCCAAUUAUCAGCAGUAUACUCAACAGGGAAUGAAAGUCCCACACGAGGAGGAACAUAAUGAUACCGGCUGGUCGUAUGAUCAGUACCAGAAUAGAAAUGGCAGCCGAGAACAUCAGCAACAAAAUGGCCAUAUGCCAAACUCUGAUUCGUCACAUAAAGAAAGUCGACAUACAGGUCCAAGUGCGGAUCAUUCAACAGGGUCUGCUCAUCUUCCUCCACCUCAUGGUCAACAAAGACAAGUAGGACCAAGGGGGGCAACUCCCAGUAGACGCUUUAAUGAGAAGACAACUCUACUCAGCUCUGAUGAUGAGUUUCAAUGAGUUGUCACUGAGAACCUCAUUAAUAUUCACAAACUGGUUGGCAAGGUUCUAAACAAAGGCAUAGUGUUAAGCAAUGUUUAGACUAAUGGCUAGGUGAAGUGUAUGGAUUAUGUACUUAUUUUGUUGUGGAUGGAAAGGUGAUGUGUUACAGGUAAAUGGGUUGUGCUGACCAUGCUAGAACUUGACAUUUAUAUAUAGCUGCAUAGAUCUGAAAGGGACCAGACAAUACUAAAGGAAAUAUUCCAGACUUGUUACAUAUAACCAUCUUAACAUUCAGCAGGGUUUGUCGUACCUAAUAAAGGAAGAAAAUCUGUUUGUACCAGAAAAUCAGAAAUUUGAUUCAAUUAAAGCCAUGUUGAAGUCACGAUCAUUGGUGAGGGAGUGAUGUCUAAUUUGAUCUAGAUGAAUCGGUAAAAUGUGCAAUCUUUUUUUAGCUCAUCUGAUUUUUUGAAAAAAAAUGAUGAGUUAUUGUCAUCACUUGAGCGGUUGUCGGCGUCGGCGUCUGCGUCGGCAUUGCCUGGUUAAGUUUUAUGUUUAGGUCAGUUUUUCUCCUAAACUAUCAAAGCUAUUGCUUUGAAACUUGGAAUACUUGUUCACCAUCAUAAGCUGACCCUGUAUAGCAAGAAACAUAACUCCAUCUUGCUUUUUGCAAGAUUUAUGGUCCCUUUUGUACUUAGAAAAUAUCAGAUUUCUUGGUUAAGUUUUAUGUUUAGGUCAACUUUUCUCCUAAACUAUCAAAGCUAUUGCUUUGAAACUUGGAAUACUUGUUCACCAUCAUAAGCAGACCCUGUACAUCAAGAAACAUAACUCCAUCUUGCUUUUUGCAAGAGUUAUUGCCCCUUUUGGACUUAGAAAAUCAGUUUUCUUGGUUAAGUUUUAUGUUUAGGUCAGCUUUAAUCCUAAACUAUCAAAGCUAUUGCUUUAAAACUUGCAACACUUGUUCACCAUCAUAAGCUGACCCUGUACAGCAAGAAACAUAACUCCAUCCUGCUUUUUGCAAGAUUUAUGGCCCUUUUUGGACUUAGAAAAUAUCAGAUUUCUUGGUUAAGUUUUAUGUUUAGGUGAACUUUUUCUCUUAAACGACAAAGCUAUUGCUUUGAAACUUGCAACACUUGUUCACCAUCAUAAGCUGACCCUGUACAGCAAGCAACAUAACUCCAUCCUGCUUUUUGCAAUAAUUAUUGCCCCUUUCGGACUUAGAAAAUCAUUUUCUUGGUUGAGUAUUAUGUUUAAGUAUACUUUUCUCAACUAUCAAAGCUAUUGCUUUAAAACUUGCAACAGUUUUUCACCAUCAUAAGUGGACACUGUACAUCAAGAAACAUAACUCUAUCCUGCUUUUUGCAAGAAUGAUGGCCCUUUUUAGCUCAUCUGAUUUUUUGAAAAAAAAUGAUGAGUUAUUGUCAUCACUUGAGCGGUUGUCGGCGUCGGCGUCGGCGUCGGCGUUGCCUGGUUAAGUUUUAUGUUUAGGUCAGCUUUUCUCCUAAACUAUCAAAGCUAUUGCUUUGAAACUUGGAAUACUUGUUCACCAUCAUAAGCUGACCCUGUAUAGCAAGAAACAUAACUCCAUCUUGCUUUUUGCAAGAUUUAUGGCCCCUUUUGUACUUAGAAAAUAUCAGAUUUCUUGGUUAAGUUUUAUGUUUAGGUCAACUUUUCUCCUAAACUAUCAAAGCUAUUGCUUUGAAACUUGGAAUACUUGUUCACCAUCAUAAGCAGACCCUGUACAUCAAGAAACAUAACUCCAUCUUACUUUUUGCAAGAAUUAUUGCCCCUUUUGGACUUAGAAAAUCAGUUUUCUUGGUUAAGUUUUAUGUUUAGGUCAGCUUUUAUCCUAAACUAUCAAAGCUAUUCCUUUAAAACUUGCAACACUUGUUCACCAUCAUAAGCUGACCCUGUACAGCAAGAAACAUAACUCCAUCCUGCUUUUUGCAAGAUUUAUGGCCCCUUUUGGACUUAGAAAAUAUCAGAUUUCUUGGUUAAGUUUUAUGUUUAGGUCAACUUUUUCUCUUAAACUAUCGAAGCUAUUGCUUUAAAACUUGCAACUCUUGUUCACCAUCAUAAGCUGACCCUGUACAGCAAGCAACAUAACUCCAUCCUGCUUUUUGCAAUAAUUAUUGCCCUUUUUGGACUUAGAAAAAUCAUUUUCUUGGUUGAAUAUUAUGUUUAAGUCAAGUUUUCUCAUAAACUAUCAAAGCUAUUGCUUUAAAACUUGCAACAGUUUUUCACCAUCAUAAGUGGACACUGUACAUCAAGAAACAUAACUCUAUCCUGCUUUUUGCAAGAGUGAUGGCCCUUUUUAGACUUAGAAAAUCAUGGAUAGGACAAUAUUUCUAUUAUACAAAAAAAAUCAGAUGAGCGUCAGCACCCGCAAGGCGGUGCUCUUGUUAUACUUAGAAAAUCAUGGGUAGGACAAUAGUUCUAUUAUACAAAAAAAAAAUCAGAUGAGCGUCAGCACCCGCUAGGCGGUGCUCUUGUUUUUUUAAAUAAUCAUGCCUAUUAUGUAUAUAUUAAACACUAGGUCUGGAUACCAGUUUUUUCUCCAAGUUUGUUUGUAAUACCAACCAAAAUUGUUGUGACAGAUUUUGAAAAUAUUAUUUAAUAUACUCAGUAUUGCAGCUUUACUUAUAUACGAUCCAAGUUAAAUGUAACAUUACAGUUUUCAGUUACUUUGAGAGUGACGCUUAUUUUCUGUACAGUCAUCCAGAAUGUCACUUCGGUAAAAUGUCUUUUAGGAGAGUAAUUCUGGAACCUGUUACUUUCAGCUUUCAAGCAAGAUAAAAUAUUCUGUUAGUAUUGAUAAAACCUUUUUGUUUUGAAUCUAGUUUGUUUUCAGUGUUUUUGUACUUGCCAUCUUAUUUGAGAAUUUAUUGCCACAAAAAUAACCACUGUGGGUAAAAUUUCUUUGCUUGAUAGACCUCACCUGAAUCAUCAGUAUUUAUUCAACAUUCUACUGAUAACCUCCUUCACACACAACAAACAAUAAAAUAUUGUACACUGAUUUGUACGAACUCCUACACUUGAUGAAAAACAAAAAAAGAAACCAGUAGUGGUCAUUGUCAGUAUUCAGCAGAAACUUGGAGUUUGUAUGAGUAAUUGUUUGAUAGUAGUUCUGGAGAAAAGCUUGGAACAAACUGUUGUGAUAUAAAAUGUCCCUGAUUUAAGAGUCAUUUGUGGUUUAUUUUGUGUUUCAUAAUGAGAGAGUGUAUGCUUCCAGCACAUUAAGUUCCUAAACUGAAAAAUCACACCACCCAAAAUUCAGCAAAAACUAAAUUUUUACGACGUGAUCUGACCAAAGAAAAAUACAGAAUGAAGAAAGUUAACACAAAAAAAAUUAUGCUUUACUAAACUGACCUAUCAAAAUUGUGUAAAGAGAACCAAUCAAAAUAAAUUUUGAAGAAUGUUAGCCAAUCAGAAGAAAUCAACAAGUUUUGGAUUUACUUGAUUUUGAUAGAGAAAAAUGUUUGGUUCUCAAUAAUUAACCAAUUUUAAUGAAUCAAUUAAAUCGCCCAGAUUGUAUUGUAAGUUUUGUUUCUAUUCUUCAUAGCAAUAUAUACAAUAGUCUACUUAGAGAGUUAUAUAUGCCAGUUCUGUUUGGAGAUAAUGACUACUGAGAUUCUUCGAGCAGAAUGAGAUUAUGUUGCAAGACUGAGAUCCUGUUGGUGGAGUGAGAUUGUGUGUAUUGAAGUUAUUUACCCUCGUCACUAGUAUAUUACCAUAUAGGUGAGCAUAAUGAGAUUGUGUGGAAGAUGAUGUGGUGUCAGUUACAUUCUGUUUGUGAAAUGACAUCAUGGCAAAAUGGGGUCAUGUAUACCAAAUGACAUUUUCCUCGUUAUCAAUGUAUAUAGAUUUAAUUUAUCAAACAUUGUUUUACUUUUUGUGAAAAUGCCAUGAUUCCAGCAUCAGCUUUGUUUUAUUUUUGUGUGUUUGCUUACAUAAUGUGAACAAGGGGUAAAGUUCUUUAUCAGUUAUGUUUUAUUGUAGUUAAAAAUGUAGCAGAUGAUAAUGUAGGAAACAUUUAUUUAAAUAAAAUAUUAGCCAAGUUCUCUGAUGCGGAAACAAUUUAAAAUAGAAGUGGUAGUCUUUUGAGAAUAAUUUAAAAUAGAAGUGGUAGUCAUUUGAGAAACAUUGUACUACUGUCUUUACUAACAGUUGAUUGAUUUUGUUCACAGAGCUGAAAUAUUCAUGCCUGACUGAGCUUUGUAUCUCCUACACAACUGGAGUAAAAGUAGUUUUGGGUAUCCUUGUCAUGUUGUGGUAAGUGUAUGGAAAAGGAAAAUGUUACUUCUUGAAAACUGACUGGCAAACAUCAUGUAUAAAGCUGAUCUUUUUGCACAAAGUCGAUAAUCUAUGGAAGGAAUUCUCAGAAUUUUUUAGGUUUAACAUUGAGAUUGUGAUGUAAUAAUGAACUUGAAUGUUAAUGUAUAGAUCAGUUAAGACAUACCAGGACCUCUGUAUGUAUAAGGGUUGUUUUAUAUGUACAUGUAUUAUUAUAACUUUUUACUGUUAAAGGCAACAACCUUUAGCUUUUGUAUAUGAAGUAUAUGUGAUAGUUUUGUUUCCCAUUGGAGCGGAGUUUAUUAUUUAUUGACCUCUUAAUUCUUAACCAAAAUUGAAUCAUGCUUAUAUAUAUUUUUGUGAGCAUUUUAAACACUGUACAUAUCACAUAUCAUGAUUAUCACCCGUACUGAACAAAGAUUGGGUUGGUUUGUAUUGAUUUGACCCAAACAAGUUUUGGUGUUUCUUACAUUUUACGUAUGCUUCACUUCAUUGUAUAUAUCAUUGUCAUUGUGAGGAUAUGUAAAUCAUACUCAUUGUGCUGGUAAACAACACAGAAUUUAUAUUUAUGUUGCCAUGUUAUAGCAUUUUAAGGAACUCACACCUGUUUUAAAUUCAUGAGUCACACAUUUUGCAAAAGUCAGUGUAAACUAAGCUCUCACAAAUGAUAUAAAAUAUUCAGAACAGCCAUAUUAAAAAAAACAAAAACAUUUUGAUUAUGAAGGAAAACAAAAUUAAAAAAAUUAGCCCAACUGAUUUGUUUAGACAUGAGAAUAUUGUUUUGAUUUGUUUUUCUUAUUACUUAUAAGAAGUUUUCAUAAUAUUCAAAUACUUUUUAUCUUAAUAACACUAAUUGCUGUAAUUCACAUAUUCAAAAUGAAAAACAAAAAUACUUCCAGGGUUAUAAACAUCAAUGAUAGCUGGUUGGUUACUAGUUUGUUUUUAGCUCAUCUGAUUUUUUGAAAAAAAAAUUAUGAGUUAUUGUCAUCACUUGAGCGGUUGUCGGCGUCGGCGUUGCCUGGUUAAGUUUUAUGUUUAGGUCAGCUUUUCUCCUAAACUAUCAAAGCUAUUGCUUUGAAACUUGGAAUACUUGUUCACCAUCAUAAGCUGACCCUGUAUAGCAAGAAACAUAACUCCAUCUUGCUUUUUGCAAGAUUUAUGGCCCCUUUUGUACUUAGAAAAUAUCAGAUUUCUUGGUUAAGUUUUAUGUUUAGGUCAACUUUUCUCCUAAACUAUCAAAGCUAUUGCUUUGAAACUUGGAAUACUUGUUCACCAUCAUAAGCUGAUCCUGUACAUCAAGAAACAUAACUCCAUCUUGCUUUUUGCAAGAUUUAUUGCCCCUUUUGGACUUAAAAAAUCAGUUUUCUUGGUUAAGUUUUAUGUUUAGGUCAGCUUUUAUCCUAAACUAUCAAAGCUAUUGCUUUAAAACUUGCAACACUUGUUCACCAUCAUAAGUUGACCCUGUACAGCAAGAAACAUAACUCCAUCCUGCUUUUUGCAAGAUUUAUGGCCCCUUUUGGACUUAGAAAAUAUCAGAUUUCUUGGUUGAGUAUUAUGUUUAGGUCAACUUUUUCUCUUAAACUAUCAAAGCUAUUGCUUUGAAACUUGCAACACUUGUUGACCAUCAUAAGCUGACCCUGUACAGCAAGCAACAUAACUCCAUCCUGCUUUUUGCAAUAAUUAUUGCCCCUUUUGGACUUAAAAAAUCAUUUUCUUGGUUGAGUAUUAUGUUUAAGUCAACUUUUCUCAUAAACUGUCAAAGCUAUUGCUUUAAAACUUGCAACAGUUUUUCACCAUCAUAAGUGGACCCUGAACAUCAAGAAACAUAACUCUAUCCUGCUUUUUGCAAGAAUGAUGGCCCUUUUUAGACUUAGAAAAUCAUGGGUAGGACAAUAUUUCUAUUACACAAAAAAAAUCAGAUGAGCGUCAGCACCCGCAAGGCGGUGCUCUUGUUUUUAUUUUGUAGUUUAUGUUAUGGUGUUUACAGGUCACAAAAUGCUAUUUAUAGAUUGUUUGCUCACUGCGCAGAAUCUGUGUGUCUUUAAGUCUGUCAUGCCUAAAGUUAAUUGUGGAUACAGUGAGUGUUGGUGAAUGAAAGCACAGUGAAUAAACAGUGUAUAAUAGCUUGAAAGAAUCGUAAUGUAUUAUAUGGUCAUUUUUGGUUGCAGGAUACAAUUUCAUAGAGCUUGAAUCUUGUACUUUUAAUUGGGUUUGUGUUAAAAAAUUUGUAAAAAGAAAAGGUUGAAAUAGUCACGGGCACUAUGUUCCCUUUCACUAGAACUAUGUUUCCCCUCACUAGAACUGUGUUCCCCAGUUUAGAAGUAUGUUCCCCCCACACUAGAAUUGUAUUCCCCAGUUUAGAACUACGUUCCCCUACACAAGAACUGUGUUCCCCAGUUUAGAACUAUGUUCCCUCCUGCACAAGAACAGUGUUCCCCGAGCUAUAAGUAUGUUCUCUCUCACUAGAAGUAUAUUUAUGUAAAGAGAGUGUUAGUAAGUCCUACCCAUGAUGUUUAUUACAUGUAAUGUAAUGUUUAGUAGUUCUCUAAUGUUAAAGCUGUAAUAGUGUUUAAAACACUGGCACAAUUUUGAAAGGAAGGAAGAAGGCAUUUUUAUGUAGCUUUCAUUGUUUUGGUAUAAAAGGUUGUAAAUGUAUGUCAAGAAGACAGUGUAAUAUUUUCCAAUGAAUUUGGUCUGGCAGUUUGCGAAUACAACUAAAUAGAAAACACUAUCUUAAUCUUUGUUAUUUCCUUAUAUGUCUAUAUGGUAAAAAAUAUUUAACAUAUUUUGAGGUUUUCCUUUUUAUACCAGUCUAAAUGCAUUUGACACUUCUGUCUCAUUUCAUCUGGAAAAUUAUUUUAAGUUUUGAACACUAUUAUGACUUGAACAAGUCAUGUGAUUUUUGUUACAGGUAAAAAUGUUUGAAGAUUAGGAUCAUGUGUUGGUGCUUUAAGCAGCUUAUUUUAACUAUAUAUGUAUUCACUGUUUUUAUAUGUGGAGAUCUGUUAAUGAUUGAUGGCCUCCAAACAUAGUUUUUACUGUCGGGUGAACUACUCCUGUAAUGGGCUGAUGGUCUGGUCCAUUUGAGCAGCUUUCUUUAAAUAAUAGGAAAUUACUUUUUAUUAUGAGAAUAGUAUGACAUUUAAUGUAUUUACUUGUUUCAAAGCUUUGUAAAAAGAAAAUUUAUUGCAGAAAAUUGCUUCCCAAAGAUAUAUGGUUUCAUUGAUCUACAUUGUAGACACAGUUGCGCUAUUGCAGAAAAUUGAUGAGAAACUAUUCAAGUCAGCGCUACCCUGAACAAUAAAUUAUUCUCUUUGUCUACAGUUUGCUUAAUUUAGUGCUACAUCUACCGUAAUAAUGGCAAAGUUUUGUUCUUUAUAAAAUAGGGAUGGAAUUUAUUUCACUAGUGUAAGCACAAGUAAUGAAAAUAUUUGAGAAUAUCCCACCUCAGCAUUGUUAGAAAUGUGUUCUUUAGUGUGUAAUUAGUUAUACAUCCUCUUGUUUUGUUAACUAUUGUUGUUGAAUUUUCUCUCAUAUAUUGUAUGGUAAUAAUCUAGUCUUAGAUUUAUGUACUUGUGUUGUCACUUUGAUAAAACAUGUAUGUCUGAAACUGAAGUCAGUGCUGAAGUGAUGAAUAUACAUUAACUCUUAUAUUAUAUGUGUAUAUUGAUGGGAAAUAAACAGACAAACAGACAAAUUCUUUAUUUCAUCUCGGGGUACAUAUGUACAGCAUGAGGAAAUACAAAUAUUCUGCAAAGAACAGUUACGCUUCAUAUAGUGGAAAUAUUAUAGCCAACAAUGUACAUUAAAGGUUGAACAGAACAAGUUUUUUUGCAUUAAUUGGUAAUUGUUAGUAAAAAUUGACAUUGUUGGUAAAGAUAUGGACACAGAAUUAAACAUUCUGCAUUAAUAACAAAUUAAGUGUUUGUUUCAUCUUGUGUGUAAAACUUGGAGAUACAGUUAACUGGCUUUGUUCUGUCCGUACUGAGAUACCAGCAACACAUUAAAAUACAAGUACAUUGUAGCUUCAGAAUCAUCACUAUAAAACAAUAACAUUAUUGUAUAACCUGGAUUCACAGGUCCUGGAAUGGAUAAAAUUUCAUGCGAAAGUAAGUUACCGUAAAUCAUUUCAGUGGUUGUUCCAUAUUAAACCUUUCCGCAGUAAGAUCAGAAUUGAUGGAUUCUCUAGCUGGGUGGAUGAUAGAACAAGUUUCUCUUGCUUAGUGAAUGGUAGAGCAAGCUAAGAUUCAAGUUGAAACAAACUGAUACUUACUAUUUAGCUUGUUCAGCUUCAGUUAUUAUUGGUUAUUUCCAUAUUUGGUUUGGGCAAAAAUGUGAUGGGCUCUAUUUUGGCUUAAACUAUAGUUUAUAUAUUGCUUUAAGGUAUCUGGUACAUUAUGCAUCCUCUCAGGCUUAUAAUUUCUUUGAUAAUGUGUGAAUGCAAGUCUUACUAAAUUUCAGUUCAUACCUCAACUUUACUUCAUAUAGCUUUGUUUCAAGGAGGUAGCAAAAAAGCAGUCUUAGAUAACAAAAAUAAAAUGCAGUAUGAGCAGAAAGGUUUCAGGUUAAUGUUUUUCUAUCGCAAACUUGUAAAAUCUUUUUUAUAAACAUUAGCAAAAUAAUGUCACAAUGUUCUAGACAUGUAUAUAGGUAUCAAGACUUGUCAAGGAAACAAUCUUUGCCAGAUUUUCUUAAUUCAUUGUUUUACUAAGGUAAUAAGGUAACUUGGCUCCUUCAAGGUAAUUUAGAAUUUAGUGUUCUUAAGGUAAUACAUUGCUUAUUGAGAUAAUUAGCGCUUUAGAGGUGGUUUUAGCAAAAAUUCCAGACUUACGUAAUAAUCUGAACAUUUCUUUGCAGGGAAUACUGUGUCCACCACACUGAGAAUAAAUAACUUGAUAUAACUAUAAUUUUGUAGAAUUUAUAUUGACAGAAGCAACUUUCUGAUAACAGUGUCAUGUAAUAUCUGCUAAGGAGUUUAAAAUCAUUGCUAUUUUCCAACAUUGUUUUUUGUAUAGAUACUGCAGUAGUUAGUUUUAGUGCCCUUGUAAUUACAGGCAGACCAGAGCUGCAUAUUUCUCUCCAGAGCUCUAGAUUCUCAUGGAACUUUAGGUUUUUCUCCCGGAGCUCUAGAAUUUAACUGCCAGGGCACUAGAUUUCUCUCACACAAUGCUAAAUUUCUCACACACAGCUCUAAAUUUUACUUGAGGGCACUAGAUUUCUUUCUGGGAGCUCCAGAUUUCACUGCCAGGGUACAAGAUUUCUCUCCCAGAUCUCUAAAUUUCACUUGAGGGCACUAGAUUUCUCUCCCAGACCUCUAGAAUUCUCUUUUUGAGCUGUAUUUCUAAGAGUUGAAUACAUUUCAAACUUUGUAUAGUUUGAAAAAUUAGAACAUUGCAAAUGAUUCCUGAUGAAACAUGUUAUAUAAUGGGGCACAUCUUAAUGAAUUUUUAGGAAAUUCCAUUUUAUUGCAUAGAUUUUUUUUGGCUUCUGGCAAGUCCUAUGUUAUAUAAGAAGUUUUACAUUGAUUCUCUUUGUCAUUACAGAAUGCAUGUUCCUAAUGUAUUCAGUAAUUGAUUGAUGAUUUGUCUAAUGUGACCCGAUUGUGAUGCAGGAAGGUUUUCAGUCGAUUAUCCGGUCUUCUGUCGGAUGUUUGUUAAGGAAAAUGAUUUAUCAGUAUUUGACUGGUUUGUUCCAUGAUUGACUGGUUUGUUCCAUGACAUUCGUUGUGAAAUACAAAAUUAUAAAGAAAAACAUCUUCAGCUAAAUAUAUAGUCAUUAAUAUAUGGUAGAAUGGAUCAAUUUACAGCUAUACAAUUAAUUCUUGAAUAAAAACUUUCUAUGCAAAGUGUCACUGUAAAGAUUCUUGAAGAUUUUUCUUUGCCAGUUCAAUGAUUUUUUUUUUGAGACUCAUUUUAAGACUCGUAUUCAAGUAAAAAAAUUUCUAGCUCAACUAUUUGAAAUUUUUUCUGAGCUCUAGUUUUUAUUUUGUCAAAAUUAUGUCCUUUUUUAUCAUAAAUUUCCAUGUGAAAGUUUUGCUUGCAAGCAUGUUUCUCAAAAACUACAAUGCCAAAUGCUUUCAAACUUAACACAUGUCUUUGGCAUUAUUAGAUGAAUUCAUAGGACAAAGAACAUAACUAGCUUAUAUUUUGUUCAAUUAAGUGCUGUCCCUUUUUCACAUAUUUUGCAUGUAAGCAGGUUUCUCAGAAAUUGUGUGGUCAAAUGCUUUCAAACUUCACAUGUCCUUGGUAUCAUGAGAUGACUGCAUGCUCUAGCUUUUAUUUUGUCAAAAUUAUUUCCCUUUUCAACAGAGGAAUUUUGUGACAAUUUUGCAUGUAAGCAUGUUUCUCAGGAAUAACUGGACCAAAUGUUUUCAGUUUCUCCACAUGUCUUUGGCAUCAUGGGAUGACUUCACAUGGCAAGUUUCAUAACUCUGGCUUACAUUUUAGCAAAAUCAAGCCCAUUUUUCAACUUGUAAAAACUAUGCCAGAAAUGUAAGCUAAUGUUAUAUGGAAGGCAUGCAAAUAGUUGAGUACACCAUCAUUAGCCAGUUCUUGUUAAGUAAAUAUUAUUUAUGAUUAUGUAAAAUGUGGCUAUCUUAAACAUCAGUUGUUAAUUAGUAAAGUUUUCUCUAGAUAAUAUUUGGAAACAGUCGAUGUUGGAUUAAUAUAUAUGCAUGAGCCCAGAUUUGUUCUAUUCAUGCAGUUGCUAAAUCAAUAUUUAUUGUCAUUGGGAGAAACAAUUUUGCAUUUGGCUAUGGAAAUAAAUUUUGUACAUGUAUUAAAUGAAAUAAUGACUAUGAAAUCAGUGACAAUAGAUUGACAGUGUGAGUUUGUGAUAUCUAUCAUAUUUUUUGUGUAUUUGUUGUAUGUAUAUACAUUUGUACAUGUGCCAAUGGUCCAUUCUCAUGUUAAUUGUCAAUAAAAGUUAUUUCUUGUA